AUGCCGGGGGGGUGCUUGGAGCAUUAUCUCCAGCUGAAGGCAGCUGGUGAGCUUCAAGAAGACCCUCGCCAAGAAAUAUGCAUGAAGAUGCUCGACGAUCUGGCGAAGGAUCUCAUGAGCUACAACCCAAAGAUGACCAGAGCCGCAAAGACUCCUAGCCCCGCCACCGUCGCCGCUCCUGCUGCCGGCGGCUGGAUGGGAGGCAUCUUUGGAAACAAGCCAAAAGCGGCCAAGGCACCGCCAAAGUCUGAGGUGCCACUGAAGCCUGCCCCAGGACAGAGGGGACUGUACCUGUGGGGGGGCACCGGCACUGGCAAGACGUUCAUGAUGAACAUGUUCUAUGACAAGAUCAAGAUCAAGGAAAAGCAGCGUAUUCAUUUUCACGAGUGGAUGAUUGAUGUCCAUUCGAGGCUACACAAGAAGCAGAAAGGGAGCAGCAUGAACACGCAGAACACCGCCGAUGAUUUAGUUGAGCAGGUUGCCAGCGACAUGAUGAAGGAGGGCUGGCUCUUAUGCUUCGACGAGUUUCAGGUCACCCACAUCAGCGAUGCCAUCAUCAUGAAGCGCAUUUUCUCCGUACUCUUCGAGCUGGGGGCAGUGGUUGUGGCCACCUCCAACCGUCCGCCACAGGACUUGUACCUGAAUGGCUUGAACCGCCCCUUAUUCUUACCCUUCAUUCCCAUGCUCGAGGACUUUUGCAAAGUGCACGACAUUGGCGAAGAGGUCGACUAUCGAAUGAUUUCCACACAGGAGGAGGACCAUCGAGUCUUCAUCACCCCCAAUGGGCCACAUGAGCAAAAGCUCUUGGAGGCCAAGUUUGAGAAGGUUUGUCAUGGCCAUUAUCGUACAGAUGCAUUGGUAGAGACACAAGGCCGGAAGGUCAACGUCCCACGCUGUGCUGAGAAUUCAGGUAUUGCUUGGUUCGCAUUUUCCGACCUCUGCGACCAGGCACUGGGGGCGGCAGAUUACCUGGCCAUAGGAAAUGCCUUUCAUACUGUAUUCAUUUCGAACAUCCCGCGGCUCACCAUGCAAGAGCGUGAUCAAGUGCGCCGCUUCAUCACACUCAUCGAUGCGCUAUAUGAGUGUCACACUAAAGUUGUUUGCACGGCCGAGCUCGACCCUAUACAGCUGUUCUACGUGUCUCCAGAGGAGCGUAAGACUUCCAUCGCAGACGAGAUUUUCGCAUGGGAUCGUACAGUCAGCCGAUUGACGGAGAUGCAAUCUACAGCGUACCUGAGUGUCGCUGCGAGAUCUCUCAGUAGUGAGCAGUUCCUCAGUCAGUACAAGCUCAAAAGUCUCUCAGAUGAGGACUGCAAGGAGUUGUGGCGACGCUAUGAUCGGGAUGACAGCAACUACUUGGACUUGCAGGAACUCCGGCUCUUUUUGGAGGACUUGCUGGAGAAGCACUGUGGUCACCGUGACCUUUCCAACGAGCUUUUCGACAUGUGCCGGCAGGCCAUUGUUACCAAUGCUGAUGGUCACGUGAGCUUCGAGGAGUUUCAGAAUUACUUGUGCGACUACUCGACGAUUGAGUCUCAGCUUGGAAGCACAUGA